AUGGUGUUCCUGAUGGAAGAGGAGGUGUUUGGAGAUCUGUGCAGUGAGCUGAAAUCCUUGGCCCCUCUCGACCGAGAGAAAAUCCCCGCGUACAACUUGGUUGCCCGAGCCACAGAUGGUGGUGGCAGGUUUUGCCAGUCAGACAUCCACCUUAUUUUAGAAGAUGUUAACGAUAAUCCACCAGUGUUUUCAUCUGAUCACUACACAGCCUGUGUUUAUGAGAAUACAGCCACCAAAGCUUUGCUAACAAGAGUCCAAGCCACUGAUCCUGAUGUCGGUGUGAACAGAAAAGUAACCUAUUCUCUGGCAGACUCUGCAAAUGGUUACUUCUCAGUUGACCGAUCAUCAGGAAUCAUUAUUUUGGAGCAUCCACUUGAUAGAGAGCUGCAGUCUUCCUAUAACAUCAGUGUAAAGGCCUCAGAUCAGAGCAUUGUGCUGACCUUGUCCUCGUUUGCCACUGUUACCAUUACAGUGCUAGACAUCAACGACAACCCCCCUGUGUUUGAAAGAAGAGAUUAUCUUGUUACAGUACCUGAAGACACCUCACCUGGCACUGAGGUCCUUUCUGUUUUUGCUACAAGCCAAGACAUUGGUACUAAUGCUGAGAUUGCCUAUCUCAUCAGAUCAGGGAAUGAGAAAGGGAAGUUCAGGAUUAACUCAAAAACAGGGGUGAUUUCCAUUUUUGAGGCUUUGGAUUAUGAGUCGUGUAAGGAUUUCUACUUAGUAGUGGAAGCCAAAGAUGGGGGCACUCCGGCCCUGAGCGCCGUUGCGACGGUGAACGUGAACGUGAGCGACGUGAACGACAACGCGCCCCAGUUCAGCCAGGCGGCCUACAGCGCCGUCAUCAGCGAGGACGCCGCCGUCGGCGACUCCGUCAUAACGUUGAUAGCAGAAGAUCUGGACAGUCCUCCCAAUGGCCAAAUUCAUUUUUCCAUAGUGAAUGGGGAUCAAGACAAUGAAUUUUCAAUUGAUCCUGUUCUGGGACUCGUGAAGGUUAAAAAGAAAUUGGAUAGAGAAAGGAUAUCUGGUUAUUCAUUAGUUAUCCAGGCAAGAGACAGUGGCACCCCUCCUUUGUCUUCAUCUGUGACAGUCAACGUGGACAUUUCUGAUGUGAACGAUAAUAGCCCUGUAUUUACUCCAGCUAACUAUACGGCUGUAAUUCAAGAAAAUAAACCAGUGGGCACAAGCAUUUUGCAGCUGGUAGUGACAGACAAAGACUCUUUUCACAAUGGCCCCCCUUUUACCUUCACCAUCCUCACUGGCAAUGAAGAGGAGGAGUUUACACUGGACCCUCAUGGUGUCUUGAGAUCUGCAGUCAUCUUCAAGCACAUGGUCGCAACCGAAUAUGUGCUCUGCGUGCAGGCAAAGGACUCUGGGAAGCCUCAGCAGGUUUCCCACACCUACGUGCAGGUGAGGGUUAUUGAAGAGAGCAUUCACAAACCGACUGCCAUUCCACUGGAGAUAUUCAUUGUCACCAUGGAAGAUGAUUUUCCUGGGGGAGUCAUUGGGAAAAUCCAUGCCACAGACCAGGAUGUGUACGACGUCCUUACGUACACACUGAAAUCCGAACAGAAAAGUUUGUUCAAGGUCAACAGCCAUGACGGGAAGAUCAUUGCCCUUGGAGGGCUCGAUAAUGGCAAGUACGUCCUGAACGUCUCUGUCAGCGACGGCCGGUUCCAGGUCCCCAUCGACGUCGUGGUCCACGUCGAGCAGUUGCUACAAGAGAUGCUGCAGAACACAGUCACCAUCCGUUUUGAGAACGUUUCCCCAGAAGACUUUGUGGGCCUUCACAUGCACGGGUUCAGGCGUACCUUACGAAACGCAGUACUCUCCCAGAAACAAGACAGCCUACACAUCAUCAGUAUUCAGCCAGUGGCAGGCAGCAGUCAGCUUGACAUGCUGUUUGCAGUCCAGGUGCACAACGGCGCGUUCUAUAAGCCUGCCUAUUUGAUUCAGAAGCUUACCAAUGCAAGGAGACACUUGGAAAAUGUGAUUCGUAUUUCUGCUAUCUUGGAGAAGAAUUGCUCUGGGCUGGAUUGUCAGGAGCAGCACUGUGAGCAAAGUCUGUCUAUCGAUUCGCAUUCCCUGAUGACCUACAGCACGGCGCGGAUCAGCUUCGUGUGCCCCCGCUUCUACAGGAGCGUGCGCUGCCUGUGCAACG